AUGGACGUUGUAUACAAGAAGCGCUUCGGUACGUCAGGCAUCAGCGGACAGUUGUACGAAACGAAACUUAUCAGUUUAAUCCUAUUUAGGUUACUGCACGACGACAGCGUGGAAGAGUUCUACUUAGCUUCAAACAUGGAUGAGAUCGGUUCUUUCGACGACAUUUGUCUCAAAAUGAAAAUUGUAGGACAAAGCCGGCCCAUCGUGCUGUUCAUUCAAGUAAAACAUAGGGACAACGACGACAAGUUCCUAACAUUAGAUAAUAAAAAUGAUGCUGUGAAGUGGUCCGACAGUAUUCUAAAGAUUAAAAAGAAAAUUAACUCUAACAAGAGCAACGAUAAGCUUUUUAGUGGAGACAUCGAUGAAACAGAAUAUGUAUUCGUUCUGUACACCAAUGCUAAUUGCGAUUUUGAUUCACACGACGAAUUUGAAAGUGAUUAUGCUUCGUGUUUGAAUAAUUUAAUUGCUACCAGCGCCACAGUAGGCUCUCGGCCGCUUUACAAUGAAAAAGACAUUGAAGAAUUUGGAGAAAAAAUCUUGAAAGAGGAAAUUGCAAUUCUUGUUGAACGUUUUGCAAAGUUUUUAGGGGACAAAACUAAUCAAACAAUGAAUAUAAUGAACGACGAGUACAUACUUCGAUAUCAUGUUAUUUUAUCACAGAAGAUUGUUAAUGUUUCCAAAAUACAAACCGAAGAUGACACACAUGAAUCAAAAUGGCGGACAUUGACUUUCCGAAAGGAAUUCUUUAAUAGUGACGACGAAUACGUUGCACUAUUCAGAUAUUAUCUUUACGAACAAAUACUUAAAAAUCAAGUGAAAACAAGAAGACAGAACAGCGGGCCAGAAAAAAAACCAGCCUUGGACAGAUCUAUGUCAGAACCUAAUGCUUUUACAGAGAAAUUGAUAACAGUAUUCUUGUCUGAACCAACGGCUGAAGCACUAAGCCCUCUCAUUGAAAAUCAAAUAACAUUUAAUAAAAUGGGAAAAUUAGAAUUUUUUACUGAGAGGCCUGUAAAUCAAGCUAAAAAAAUUUCACAAAUUAACGUUUCACAGUCAACAAUAGAUCUAGCCAAGGAAAUCGCUGCGAAAACUAAAUUACUGUCAUUACAAUUAAAAGUUCCAGUUGCUUUUGGUAAUAUAGAUCUAGCAAUAAGCGGCGGCCAAAAGAAGAUUGAGAGAAGGUUGCAUCAUUUAACUGAUGUUAUUGUCGGUUUGUGUUUGAAUUCUACACAAAAUGAGUCUAAUCACAAAAUAGUUAGAAUAGACGAUACUAUCGACAGUGGACUGUUAAGUGCGAACGGUGGGCUUGCAACCACAGUGGGUAAUAUCCUAACUUACGAUGACAAUACUAAUCUUCUCAAAUUUGCUGACGAUUACACAUUGCUCCAAGACAAUGCAAAAUCGCUAUAUUUGAAACUGAAUCAUAAGAUUGAGAAUCUUCAUGAAUAUAGAUUUGAGGUAAACACAACGAAGUUCCCGAAGCUUUCUUUCGACUGCGCAAAUAUAGCCAGAGAGUUUUUAAGUAAACUUGUCAUCUAUACAAAACAAAGUAACCAUUAUGAGGUAGAAGACAUAUUAAAGAAAGAUAUACAAAAGUAUCUCAGCGCCGAUCCACGUAAUUGUCCAGUUUCGGCUGACAGUGUGUUUUUGUAUUAUCACAAUGUUAUACAAAAAUGGUGGAUGUCACCGAAAACUGGACCUUAUCUCACAAAGACAAGCGAUAUAUUCGUACAGGCAAUCAACAACACCGUGGUGGAGCCUCAACUUAGCGCUUUACAAAAUACGUUUUACAUGACUAAUAUCAAAUACUUCGGAUGCAAUUUCACAGAAAACACCUUAAAGUCCUUUAAAUUGUCCGAUGUGUUCUCAACAAUUAUUUUAGUCACAGAUAUAACCGCACUGACAGCCAUCAAAGUUAUUCAAUGUCUGAGAAAUACUUACUUCAGUAACAAAUACACCGUCUUAGAUUUUGAAUGCGUUUUAAAUUUGCCCACAACAGCGUUUUGUGCAUUGGAUGCAGAGUUGAGAAAAACAGAGAAAAUUAUCAUUAUGGUAUUCGAUAAUACGCAUGUCAGUGGAGGUUUACGAAUCAGGUUAUAUGAACUUUCGCAAGCUAUGAAAGAGAAACAGGUCAUUAUGAUAACAAAUAAGGCACUUAUCAAAGUGAUCAAAGAAUGUUUUACGAACUCUGAAGUGGUCCACGAUGAAACACAAAGUUUGAAUGCCUUAACACCAGAAUCUCGGCAGGAUAUCAUAAAAAAUGCUAGAGUCAUAUUUCAGGGAAAAGAAAUAAGCUUAGAGGUAGUUGCAGAUGAUGAGUCUGUGGCAUUUAUAAAAGGACCGGUGCUAAAUAAAAUCAUACGUAAUGAACCUAUAAGCUUAGGCACAUCUCUCAGUAAUUCAAAUUAUGAAGAAAUUAAAGAUUUAUAUGUUGACAGAAGAGUCAGUCAGUCUACAGAUGAUGCUUAUGGUGAAACAGAUUAUGAUAAUGUACGUUUUGUUAAAACUUUUCGGGACAUCGAUGACGAUGCGGUUCUUAUAACAGCCGCGCCCGGAAUGGGCAAGUCAACUUUGCUCACCCAUCUGUCACUCAAAACAAAAGAUCUAGACGAAAAGCUUUGGGUAGUUAGAAUAAACUUAUUAGAUUAUUCGAAAGAGUUCUACAGAUGGCAGGAAAAUAAAACCAAUGUCAAUACAGUGGAAAUGUUAAAAUUUAUGUGUCAUGUUAUAUUAAAAAAUAAUAACAUAUCAAUUGACCUAAAAGAAGAAAACAACAAAAUGUAUUUAGAUAAUUGUAUAAAUGAUGAGUGGGUUUUGUUUGAAUUGAACAUGUUCCUUCAUUUCUACAACGAGAGGAAACUGAUGUUUUUAUUUGAUGGUUUCGAUGAAAUCUGUCCACAUUACAAAGAAAACGUUAUUAAAUUCUUUGAAGUGGUCAGAAACUUUCCACAGAAAAAUAAAAUGUGGGUUACGAGCAGACCUUAUAGCGACAUUCUACCAGAUCUACAUAGAGCACUUGGAAAAUCUUAUAAAUUAGAACAUAUGAGUGACUCAGAGCAGGCGAUAUAUCUAAAAAGCAUAUGGCGUCUUAAGUUAAUAUUUGGCAAACUUAAUGAAGUACAACUUAAAAAUAUAAGUACAUAUAUGACUUUUAUUUCGGAAAUUAUGUCGUCAAUGUAUUCUCCCGAUGCGUUACAUUUCAGAUUUCGUAAAAUCUAUUAUAUUUUCUUUGAAUUUGUAAAAUCGCACUUUCCGCAUAUUAUCACACGUAGAGGUUAUCCAUCUUAUAGAGACCGUAACAUUAUAUAUCAUACCCUACCAGAAGAAAGAGGCGCUCCGAAAGCGAUGAUGGUUGAAAUACUUUCAGACGAUCAGAGGCCGAGUGUUGAGAACACAGAAGUUGACACACUACUAGGUACGCCGUUACUUUUAUAUUUCAUUGCAGAGUAUUUCCUACAAGUCAUAGACACUAGCGAAAGCAUCACGAAAUGGCAAUUAGGCAUGAACAUACUUUCAAUAUAUGAAAUGUUCAUUGAGAGUAAACUUAAAAAAGUACUUUUUCAAGAUAAAAACAAAAUGGAUGUCUAUAAUCCUGAUAUAAUGAGUAAAUUUGAAAAGGAACGCGCCGAGUGUGUAAUGCUACAUAAAAAAAUUGCAACGUAUGUACUCCUCGGCAGUCCAAUAUUUAAUGGUUUGAUGUUGGAUGAAUUCAAAGAAAUGGAUCCAUUAUAUGAAGGAGGCUUAGAAGAGUUUAAUAGUAUUAUAAAUACCAUCAAAACCGGUGCUGAAAAGACUGGUCUUAUAUCACAUGUAACAGCUGAUGAUGUACCUGUAUUUAUACACAGAACAUUUACUGAAUAUUUCGCAGCUGAGUUUAUAUGCGAUAUACUAAAAAGCAACAAAUAUGAAUUCGAGAAAAAGAAGCUUUUAUAUACAACUACACAUAUAUGUCACAAGAAUGACGUUUUCCCGUGGAUAAGUAAGAAAAAAGAAAUGGACGAGGAUCUUAAAGGUAUAAUAAGGAAGAUAGAAGACACGAAUCCAUUACUUUUAACUUGGUAUAAAAAUUUCAUGGCAACUGCAAAUUGGCCACUGGAACUAUAUAUUAGAAUAAUGAAUUCUUCGCAGGAGGAUUAUGAAAAGGACUAUAUCAAUCAAUUUAACGAACACUAUGCGUAUAUUGUGUUGUAUAAACUACAACCGAAGGACAGAGAAGUGGCAUUGAAAAAAUUUCAGAAGAAUUUGAUUGUUAAAAUGAGACCUCAUCUAAGAAAGUUUUUUGCCCCAAUUUGUAGUGCAGGAAAGAAAAGCUGGUUACGACGUGCUAUUAGUUAUAAUUUGUGA